UGGAUGAAAGAUAUGUGGCGAUCGGAUCCCUGUUAUGCAAGCUAUGGUGUAGACGGGUCCACGUGCUCCUUUUUUAUUUACCUCAGUGAGGUUGAAAAUUGGUGUCCUCGUUUACCUUGGAGAGCAAAAAAUCCUAAUGAAGAAACUGAUCAAAAAACAGUGGCUGAAAUUCGUGUCAACUUUGAUAACCUCUACAAAAUGAUGUCAAGACAUGAGGAAUUUAGGUGGAUGAUGUUACGCAUCGGACGAAUGGCUGAUACCUGGAUUGAAGCAAUUAAAUCACUUGCAGAAAAACAAAAUUUGGAGAAGAGAAAACGAAAAAAGAUUCUUGUUCAUCUGGGGCUUUUGACAAAAGAAUCUGGAUUCAAGAUUGCAGAAAAUGCGUUUAGCGGUGGCCCACUUGGUGAAUUAGUCCAGUGGAGUGAUUUAAUUACAUCUCUCUACUUACUGGGCCAUGACAUCAGGAUUUCAGCUUCACUGGCAGAGCUCAAGGAGAUUAUGAAGAAGGUUGUAGGUAAUAGAUCAGGCUGCCCUACCCAGGGAGAUAAAGUUGUAGAACUUAUUUACAUUGAUAUUGUGGGACUGACUCAGUUUAAGAAAACCCUUGGUCCAUCAUGGGUACAUUACCAGUGUAUGCUGAGAGUUCUGGACUCCUUUGGAACUGAACCAGAGUUUAACCAUGCCCAUUAUGCCCAGUCUAAAGGCCACAAGACACCAUGGGGAAAGUGGAACCUUAAUCCACAGCAGUUUUAUACAAUGUUCCCUCACACUCCAGAUAACAGCUUCCUUGGAUUUGUGGUAGAGCAGCAUCUGAAUUCCAGUGACAUUAAACACAUUAAUGACAUCAAAAGGCAGAAUCAGUCUCUCGUUUAUGGCAAGGUAGACAAUUUCUGGAAGGAUAAGAAGGCUUAUCUGGACAUCAUCCACACCUAUAUGGAAGUCCAUGGAACUGUUCAUGGGACGAGCACUAUUUAUAUUCCCAGCUACGUAAAAAACCAUGGUAUACUCAGUGGGCGGGAUUUGCAGUUUCUACUGAGAGAAACCAAACUGUUUGUUGGUCUUGGAUUUCCAUAUGAAGGGCCGGCUCCUUUAGAGGCUAUCGCUAAUGGAUGUGCAUUUCUAAAUUUAAGAUUUAACCCACCAAAAAGCAGCAAAAACACAGAAUUUUUCAAAGGCAAACCUACACUCCGAGAGCUGACAUCUCAGCAUCCCUACGCUGAAGUUUACAUUGGGAAGCCCCACGUCUGGACUGUAGACAUCAAUGAUCUUUCUGAAGUUGAGAGGGCUGUGAAAUCCAUUUUGAAUCAGAAGAUCGACCCUUAUUUGCCGUAUGAAUUCACAUGUGAGGGAAUGCUUCAGAGGAUGAAUGCAUUUAUUGAAAAACAGGAUUUCUGUCACGGGCAGGUGAUGUGGCCCCCAUUAAGUGCCCUUCAAGUAAAAAUUGCUGAACCUGGAAAAUCCUGUAAACAAGUUUGUCAAGAAAGCCAGCUCAUCUGUGAGCCUUCCUUCUUCCAGCAUCUUAACAAGGACAAAGCUCUGCUUAGGCAUAAUAUUGAAUGUCUCACCAUGGAAUCUGCAAAUGACAUUCUGGUCCCCUCUUUUGAUGGAAGAAGGAAGCACUGUGUUUUCCAAGGUGACCUCUUAUUGUUCAGCUGUGCCGGAUCCCACCCCACCCACAGAAGAAUCUGCCCCUGCAGAGACUAUAUUAAGGGGCAGGUUGCGCUUUGUAAGGACUGCCUAUAG